AUGCUGCCAAAUCCUACGACGUCUGAGGAAACCGAGACUCUGUUCUAUGGGGAGGACUUCCACAUUUUGCUGCGCUCCCUGAAUGUGGAGGUGACGUUCCGAAACAGGACGGCUCCGCAUUCCCAAACCUCGGACGAGCCUCUGAUGCGCGGAGGCAAAUCUGUGAGCGAGAGGGCGCAGCUCAACAGCCGCUUAAGUCACCUGAUCAUCGAGUCCGUGAGCGAGGCCGACGAAGGAGUGUACACGGUGAAAGACCCGGCGAACCCAGAGGGCGCCAGACGCAUUUCUCUGAUCGUGAGAGAUUGUUCAAACGAGCAGACGGUUAAAUACGGAGACAAUUACCAUAUUCCUCUGGACCUGCCGCCUCCUUCUCCUCCUCCCGGCAUCACUCUGGAGUACAGGCCCCUCUCUUUGGAGGCCACGCAGACGUCCAAACCGGCCCUGGUGCUCCUCGCCGCCUCAGGGACCCCCAGAGAAGAAUACAAGGAUCGGAUCAUCGUCGGGGAGAAGACGCUCACCCUCAGAACGGUGACCGGAGCAGACGAGGGGAGCUACACCAUCAGAGGACCCAAGGGAGAAAUCAAGACCAAGAUGUGCCUCAACGUCCGAGAGCACAUGCAUUUCCUGGAGCUGCCUCAGGGGAAGAGGAUGAAGAUAAACCUGAUCCUGAACAGUACUUUGGUCCAGGUGAAUUACACCCGCAGCUCAGACCCCGCCCCCCGCAGACAGUACGUCCUGCUGGACCGGGGAGAGUUCACUGACGCUCAGGCGGAGCUGGGGUUUGAGGGACGCCUCUCGUUGGAUGGGAAUGUGUUUUAUUUGGACAAUAUCAGAGGCUCAGACGCCGGAGAAUUUAAAGUCAUCGACAUCCUGGGAUUCCCCUCGACUACUGUUCAUCUGGAACUGAAACCCUUUAAACUGGAGAAGCUGUACGUGGCCAUCAUCGCUCUGCUUGGGUUCGUGGUGUUCCUUCUUCUGGCCUGCCUCGUGUCCUGUCUGUUCAAAGUGAGGAAGAGGGCGAAGAGGAACGCAGCUCUGGAGAAACUCGCCAAAGAGGACGAGGGGGAGGCCUUCAGACAGGUUGUUAAAAACAUCACCAAAAUGAGUGAAGAGUCCAAACAUUCUCAGGCCGACAACACUGAGAAAUCACAAAGCACCGAAGUUGACAUCAAGGGUCUGGAGGUAUCGUCCAAAGAGGUGGGCGUGGGUAACCUGGAGACGAGCGACUCUGGGGUGGGCUUCAACACCGCCCUGCCCCUGGACACAGACACCGACGCCGCCGACCAGCUCCCCGACUCCGAAGCUGCCAGCAUCACUGAACCCAGGCCAAGCGCGACAUCCAGUGCUACCGCUAAAGCCCACCCCCCACCCAGUGCUCCCUCCACGGCCGAAAUCAAGCCUCCUGCCCCCGCGCCGGAAACUAAAACCAGUCCGCAGCCUAAAAGAGCCCCCGAACCUCCUGUGGAAGCUAAACUCGAACCCCCGAAAUCCCCUGAAGUGAAGCUAAGUCCCGCUCCGAGCCCUGAACCCAAAGCCCACCUGAGUCCGAUCGAUCCAAAAUCAAGUCCCGCCGCAAAAUCGCCCUCCCCCACCGCGGAAAAGAAGACCACCCUCGCUCCGACUCCUGAAAAAUCCAAACCGACCACCCCGGAGCCGAUCACCAACGGGACGGCCGAGAUAGACCACAAAGCGAGCCCGGAUCACGCCGACGUCAUCGGGGGGACAAAAACAGUUGCCCCCAAAACUCCGGAGGUGGAGCUUAAAUCUAGCGGCGCCGAAGUGGAUUCCAGCAAAGAUGCUCCGGUCGCCGCUGAGUCUGCUACAACCACAAGCAUCUAAAAAACUGCAACGACAAAACACUUUAUUUUUUCUUCAUAGCUUCACUGUAGACAAUCGAACCCCGGGAAAAUAAAAGAGGAGAGCGCCGAGACUGGGGUGAGGACUACCACUUAUCGCUGUUGCAUUGUAGUACUUAGGAGUCAUGAUUAUGUAAACGUUCCGCGCGACAUUGGGAACUUUUUGAAUCAACUAAUUGUUAAUACCACAACUAAAUCAUCGUGUUAUCUUCAGAGAUUAACUGCCAAACUGCGAACUAAUUUUUUGCAGCGUUUACGAUUAAAAUGUUUCAAAUUAACAUUUUCUAAUACGAUAACAUAGCUAGCAGUUUACACGAUUUUGCUAAAUUUUUUGACUGGGAUGACGUAUUGACCAUAACGUACUAAUUAGUGUCGUAGUUUGUGGAUUAAACAAAGAUAAUGGCGUUUUUUUUUUCCAUCUAGACAUCAUAAGCCAUAUAGUACUUUGCUCUAAUGAUGCAACUCACACAGUAUCACCCCAUGGUUUAUACAAAACUACACUAACAGUACUAUUACUACUACGUUAUUAAUCCGAACGUUUGGCUUGUAACGCGUAGAAGAUGUCAACAGAUAACAGACAGUGAAGGCAUUUUUCUACCUCAUGUUCCACUGAAUCAGACUUGCUUUGGUCCAUGAAAGGCCUUUACAAUUCAGACGUAGUGGACAGAUCAAGCCAU